AUGUCACAAGAGUACAAGGAGUCAAAUGUAUCACAAUUCCAAGAAUCCUCACCGGUUGAUGGAUUAGCUGAAGAAAACGAUUUGAUAGUAUUGGAAGAACAACUUUCAUCCGAUGAAAUUGUACUUAAUGCUGAUGUUAUUCACACAGAGAAAUUGAUUCAAGAAAGUAGAUCCUUAGAUGAACAACCACCAUAUGUUAUUGAUAUUUUUGGAAUACUAAAGAAAACAGCUAUUAAUUUGGUAUUACCUUUUGUUAAUGGUAUGAUGUUGGGUUUUGGUGAAAUCUUGGCCCAUGAAAUUGGGUUCCGCUAUAACUGGUCAGGUGCUAGAGUAGAACCACCAAGAAGACUAGAACAAAGAAAACGCGAGACUAGUUCUAAAUAUUUGUAA